AUGACAAGUAAAUUCAAUCAGCAAGUUUUGGCCGAACAUAAUCAACUUCGUGCCAAGCAUUCGGCCGCCCCGCUUACGCUCGAUUCAACCCUCAGCAAGUGCGCACAGGAAUGGGCCAAUAACAUAGCCAGUCGGAAUUGCAUGCAACAUCGGCCGAACAAUCGUUACGGUGAGAAUAUUUACGCUUCCUUCGGCAGAACGAAUAUCUCAGGAGUAGAGGUGGUCCGAUUAUGGUACAAUGAAAUCAAGAACUACCGUUUUGGACAGGCCAAUCCCACCAACUUCAGUCAGGUGGGCCAUUUCACUCAGGUGGUUUGGAAGCGUUCAACAAAGCUGGGAGUGGGAAUCGCUAAGAAUGGGACUAAUGUGUACGUCGUAUGCAACUACAGUCCCCCAGGAAACUACGGUGGACAAUACCCGGCUAAUGUUACUCGCAGCUAAUUGUUCACAUGAC